AUGCAGAUGCGUAACGUCCUCCUCGCGGCCUCCCAUCUGGCCCUCGGCCUCGCCGCCCCGGCCCCGCUCCCGGCCUACAACCUCCUCUCGACGCGGGAGACGCACUACAACGCCAGCCUGCCAAACGUCACCAUCUUCGCCACCGGCGGCACCAUCGCCGGCUCCGCCGCCUCCAACGCCCAGACGACGGGCUACCAGGCCGGCGCCCUCGGCGUCGACAUCCUCAUCGACGCCGUCCCCGAGCUCUGGAACGUAUCCAACGUCCGCGGCGUCCAGGUCGCCAACGUCGGCUCGAGCGAGAUCACCACCGAGAUCCUCCUCAACCUCACCCGCCUCGUCCAGGAGGCCCUCGACGACCCCUACUGCCAGGGCGCCGUCGUCACCCACGGCACCGACUCCCUCGAGGAGAGCGCCUUCUUCCUCCAGCUCGCCGUCCGCAGCGACAAGCCCGUCGUCGUCGUCGGCGCCAUGCGCCCCGCCACCGCCAUCAGCGCCGACGGCCCCAUCAACCUGCUCGAGGCCGUCACCCUCGCCGCCAGCCCCGAAGCCAGGGGUCGCGGCGCCAUGGUCGUCCUCAACGACCGCAUCGGCAGCGCCUUCUACGCCACCAAGACCCACUCCAACUCCCUCGACACCUUCAAGGCCGUCGAGCAGGGCUACCUCGGCUACUUCCUCGACAUCAAGCCCUUCUUCUACUACCCCGCCGUCCUGCCCCUCGGCCAACACUACUUCAACGUCUCCGCCGCCACCGCGUUGCCCCGGGUCGACAUCCUCUUCGGCCACCAGGACCUCAACCCGGCCCUCGCGACUGCCGCCGUCGAGGGUGGCGCAAAGGGCCUCGUGCUGGCCGGCAUGGGCGCCGGCUCGUGGACUAACCCCGGCCACGACACUCUGAAGAAGCUCGCGCUGGAGAACAACACCCAGAUCGUCCUCUCCAGCAGGACCAUGGGCGGCUUCGUCGAGGCCAGCGGGAUGCCAAACACCUACGGCGGCUGGACCCUGAACCCGGAGAAGGCCCGCAUCAUGCUGCAGCUCGGGCUGUACGCCGGGUACAACUCUACCCAGCUCGAGACGCUGUUUAAGUAUGCGCCUUAG